ACUGAAGCACAAUCCGUUCCCCCACGCCGACGGGCAUGAUGGCGGCGCCGCCGCCGGACUUCGUGGAGGUGCGAUGCGCGGGGUGCAACGAGACGCUGGAGGUGGAGCGGGGCCUCACCGAGUUCGCCUGCCCCGACUGCGGGACCCAGCAGGCGCUCCCGCCGGAGCUCAUGCCGCCGCCGCGCCCGCGGCGGGCGCUGCCCAUCCCCGGCCGCGUGCCCGCCGCCGCUGUGCCUGUGCCCGUGCCGGCACCGCCGCCCUCGCGCAUGCCGUGCGCCGACUGCAGCGCGCUGCUCAGCGUGCCGGCUGGCCUCGUGCGCUUCGCGUGCCCUGUGUGCGGCGUUGAGCUCGUCGCUGACGCCGGGCGCCUCCGGACUUACCACGCAUCCCCGGAUUCUGCAACAGUCUCGGUCGUCGCGCUUCCUCCAACCGCCGUGACGCUCACAUCGACAUACUCUGGCCAGCCGGAGGCGCAUGUAGAAAGACAUAAUCAUCCAAUUGGCUCCAAUCAGACACCAGCACAAUACCCCAGUCAAUCCGUUCACAGAGAGGAGACAUCCAGUUCAUUCAGACCUGAUACCUGGAUGCCAAUCCACAGCAUGUUAGCGCAAAAAGCACCCCUUAGACACCCAACUGAGAGAGAAGAGUCACAUACUGAGCCACGCAAUGAGACAACAGUGAGCUCUGGUAUGAGGAAUUCUAGUUUGCAAUCUGGUACUGAAUCUAUAGGUUUGCAAAAAAUACAACCAGAGCCUUCCGCCCAGGUUGGCUCGAGACCACAGACACAUGCCCUGCCUCCCAGUUAUUCAGUUCGUGGAGAUCUUACACAAGGGCAGCAUCCUGGCAUUGCUAGGCAUGGGCAGCAGACAAAUGAUGUCUCUAGUAUCAUGGAGCAAGGAAAAAUAGAUCUUCUGAAUCAAGCAAUGAACGAAGAACCAGCACAAGGUGAGGAUCAGUGCAAGACAUCUGGAUGGAGUCCAAACAGCAAAAGGAGCAACAAAAGUACCAGUGUGUAUCAGAAGAGGAAAAGGAAGCGCUUGACAAAGCAGACAGAGCAUCCAAUCGAGGAUGAGCCUGUCCAGAAAACAACCGCUUCUCCAAGUGCAUGUAAUUCUGAUCUGCCAGAUAUUGACUGCAUCAUUGCCAAUAUAUGUCCAAGCUCAUCGCAACCACACCAAAUGCCACAAGCAAGCUCAAGUGAGUCGGACAAUGUUGAUGCAGCCACUUUACCAGCCUUUUCAAAUCCUGGUGUAUCUCAACCUGAACAAUUUCCACACUGCUACAGUCAGUUGUACUCUCCACAGGUCAGGGGCAAACACCAGCUUAAUAAAAGUGGUCAACAGGUGAAGCCACAGUCACCACAGGGCGUACAUCAGCCUAUGCAUGCACAACAGGAGAAUGCAGAUGGUGGUCACCUUGUGUUAGGAUCAUAUGGAAAAUCAUCAGGUAAGCGCAAUGGACGCCGCUCUACAAGACUGAUUGAACCACGUAGGGAAGUUGACAGGCCUGUUCUGAUACCAAACAAUAUUGACAACUGGGAAGUCAGCCCACCUUGUCCUAAGGUGGCAUCUACCAUCACUGUUCUUAUGAAGCAGAAGUACCCUGGGUCAACCUACGUGCCAGCUGGUCAGCACAGUGAUGUUCCACCCAAUGGAGAAGUGGUUCACCACUGGCACCAGUAUCCUCGAGAGACAAGGGCUGCCAUUUUGAAUGAAUUUCUUCAACGCUACAAGUGGGCCCCGGGUAAAGAAGCAGAGUGCCUGAAGCUAUUUGAGCGCAGAGCACUCAGACAGUUUGCUGGCCUCCUAUGUGAAGAGAAGCGGAGGGUUAGAGCAGAGUUGGCUUCAGUGCAGAAAGCCAAAGAAACUGUAGGUGCACACAAGUCCAAUAGACACAUGGGGUUAGACGAGGAAGAUGCUAGAGAAGAGCCCAAGGAUCAACAGACAAGAGAGAAAAUUGAGGACGAGAACCCAUUACGGUGGAAACCUUUCCCGCCUACUUGGAUGUAUCCAAAGUGGUGGGAGAGGUUGUGCGAACACUGGGCUAAAGAGGAAGUUUUAAUGAUGUCUCUGCAGAACAGGAAGAACCGGUUCACUGCAGGUCGUGCUCAUCACACAGCAGGAUCACGGAGCAUUGCUAUGCAUCGUCAGCUUAUGGUCAUGGAAAAUGGCGGGGAGCAGGUGUCGGAACUCGAGGUGUUCAACAAGACACAUAAGCUUAAAGGUGGUGCAGGGGAAUUUGUCAGCGAGAGAGCAAAGCAAACUGUGGAGGGCUUUAAGAAGCGUAUGGAGGAGGCUGGUGAUAAGCAGAUAGAUCCGCAUCUUGCAUGGACUCAAGAAGUUGGGGGCCGGAAUCGUGGGAGGUACUAUGGACUCCCUGGUAUCGUUGACAAGGCCAAGAUUGAUGAAUUAUCAAAGUCCAUCCCUGGUUCUCUCGGUAAACGGGGACAGCGACAGACGUUCUCGCAGGACCAGGUGCAGCAGAUGAUUGAUCAGGCUCUGCAAGGGUUAAAUGAAACUUGGGAGAAUAAGUUCAAGUCCCUGGAGCAAACUUUCUGUGGCGGGCCAUCGUUGGGUGUUGAUCCUGAGUUACAAGAAAACUGAUUGUCAGGUUUCUUGUCCAAAUCAGGGCUUAGACAUUAAUCUGAUGUAUCCUGCAGCACUCGCCUGGGUCUUCUGCGGCUGGAGGGGGUGCUCAUGAAACUUGUACAUUGUGAAGCAUGUCUUGUCACAUUAGAUGCAGAAAUCGAUGUUUGUUGCACUAA